AUGACCGCCCAAGAAAUAUCCGCAGAGUUCAAAUUUGAACAGCGCAGCAUCAAUGUCCUAGACUCGACAAUAGCAUUUGUGGACACGGGGAAGGUCCAAUCUGGUCACACUUGUAUCUUCCUCCAUGGCAACCCGACGUCGGCCUAUCUAUGGCGGAAUAUCAUCCCCCAUGUUGCGCCACAGGCUCGUUGUAUUGCCCCAGAUCUGAUCGGAAUGGGUCGUUCUGGAAAACCAGAGAAUAUCGAAUAUCGAUUCACGGAUCACCGUCGCUACGUGGAAGCCUUUCUCAAAAUUGUGGUCCCCGAUGAUCGCGUUGUUCUCGUGCUCCACGAUUGGGGAGCGGCUCUGGGUCUCGACUGGGCUCGAUAUAACGAGAAUCGCGUUGCUGGUCUUGUUUUGAUGGAAUUUGUUCGUUCCUUUCCCAGCUGGGAUGCGUUUCCUGAGGCGGCUCGAGCUACCUUCCAGGCGUUCCGCAGUCCUGAGCUCGGCCGGAGGCUGUUGAUCGAGCAAAACGCUUUCGUGGAGGAAUUUCUGCCCGCUGGUGUGGUCCGGAAGUUGACUGAGACGGAGAUGGACCAUUAUCGCCAGGCGUUCUUGUCGGAGGCGUCGCGCGAGCCCAUCUGGCGGUGGCCGAACGAAUUACCUGUUGGCGGGACCCCAGUCGAUGUGGCUCGGAUUCUUUCUGACGGACACCACUGGCUGCUCCAGACACCUGUGCCCAAAAUACUUUUUUGGGCUACUCCUGGUGGACUUCUUUCCCCUGAGGAUGCAGCGGGGUACGCUCGAACAAUGAAAAACGCACGAGCAAUUGACAUUGGUGCAGGGAUUCAUUACUUGCAGGAGGACAACCCACACCUAAUCGGCACUGAGAUCAGCAAAUGGCUCGCUUCUGGCAUGUAA